AUCUGCCAUUUUGCGACUGGUAAACAUAUCGUUCUCCAAUUUAAAUACGACUAUUUCUGUCAAAUGUUACAUCUUAGUCUCUCCUGCAAGGGUUCGCUCGACGAUCUUGUCGAGCUAACCUUUAUAUUUUGCGCAUAAUAGAAAAAGAAAAGAGAACAGGUUCUGAAUCCUCGAACGAUUUACGCUAUCGUGCCAGUUUUUUAUGCGUUGCGGUAUUAAGAAGUGAUUCAUUUAUUGCAUGAAUGUUGACUUCCUAUUGACAAGACUAUAGAAGAACUAAUAUAUAUUUGCAAAAUAAUAUCUGAGGUUCUUUCUAUUAACUCUCAAGAUGAUGGAAACUGAUCCUCCUCAAUUUUUGUCAAAAGAUGAUGAAAUUCAAUAUUGGAUGGAUCUUGCCCAUCAAAUGCAUCAAAGAAAAGAAGAUGUUGAAAGAGAAUUGGAAGAAUUUCAAGAAAAUUCUCAGAUGUUGGAAAAAGAAUUAGAAACAUCUUUAGAACAAGCUGAAAAAGCAAAUAGAGAAUUAAGACAAAGGAAUACACGACUUGCAACAGAAGUAGAACAAUUGAGAACAAGAUUAGAUCAACAAACUGCAGAUUGUGCUAUGUUUCAGUCACAAGCACAAGAUUUGCAAUUACAACAUGAACAAUUGAUGAAAUAUAUUAGAGAACUAGAACAGAAAAAUGAUGAUUUAGAAAGAGCACAUAGGGUAAAUAGAGUAACGGAAGAAGAGAUAGAAGCUAAAUUUAACUUGGCAAUAGAAAAGAAUGCUCUACUUGAAUCUGAGCUUGAUGAAAAGGAAGGCUUAAAAGUCAUAGUACAAAGAUUAAUGGAUGAAAUUAGAGAUUUGAAACAAGAAAUUCAAGUACAAGAACGACACCAACCAGAUAAUGAUAAGACAGCAGAUAGAGUUCGUAAUCUUGUAGAUAGUAAUAAACUACAAGUUGAACUAGAAACACAUACACCACCUUCCAGUCCAUUAGUUUCACAAUCUAUACCUUCAAAUAACACGACUCCAUCAUUGAAAAUUGGAAAUGGAGUAGUAGGGGGUGUAAUUGGGAACAACAAUAAUAAUAUAAAUCCACCAUUGGCACCAUGUACCAGAAUAUUAGCAAUGAAUAUGAUCGGAGACCUGAUGAGAAAAGUUGGAGCUUUGGAAAACAAAUUGAAUACAUGUAGAAAUGCAUCACGAGAGGACCAAGCUGUACGUGAUCUUUACAGGAGUAGACGACAAGUGAGAGGCGCAGCCUCAGGAAACAACAACCACAUUCGAUUGUAACAAGGUAUUUUUUGCUAUAAUAAGCCUAAAAAAAUGUGCAAUUAUGUUUAAGAAUGUUUAUUGCUUUAAUAAGAAUGUUUAUUAAUUCAUAGAUAAAUUAUUAGAGAAUGACAUAAUUGUGUCAGUUAAACACAUCUCUAUACGUCUAUUUUGGACAAAAAAUAUUUUUUACUAUAAUGUGACAAAGAUUUAUGAGUAGAAUUUGGCAUAUUUAUUAGAUUUUUUGGUUAAUAAUUACUGAAACAAAAAUUUAAUUUAUAUGUGUAUAGAACGCGCGAGCGCGCGACUAAGUUCUUCAUUAUAUAACUGAUUAACAUAAAUACGAAUGAAGGUUAAUAUAUACUAUUUGACAUGAAAUUUGAGUAUUUUUCAUUAUAGCAAUAACAAACAGAUAUAUUAAUAAUGUUUCUUUUUGUAAAAGACUUUUAUAAAGUACAUUUGAAUUUAAUUGUGGAGUUAUACAACCAUAUUUUAAAAUGGUAUAAUUAAAAUUUGUAAAUAGAUUAGUGCCGUAUUAUGAAUAUUAAGGCAAUAUAUAUGGACUGUUUAGUUAUUUAUAUUGUAGUAUUAAAAACCUAAUUUAAAUAAAUCAAUCACGAAUGUUGUUUUUAAUAUUUAGUUUUAAUUUCAUUAA